CGUUCGAUAACCGAGCCGUUCGAUUUGUUUGUAGUUUUGAUAAUUUUUUGUUUUGUGCUCGCUUUGUUUUUUGUUGUGGAUGCGCAGCACACAAACAACAAACGGGACGACAUCGAGUCGGCAUUGAGUCGGCAAAUUUAUUGAUUACAUAUGGCAAACUGGCGCUUGGCACGCAACGCCGCCGGCCCCCAAACCCAAGGACAAAAACGACCCCCAUAUGCGGCGAAGCGACAUUAACGUUAACGUUAAUUUGACAGCAAUUCAAGAGCAAAUCGACGCGCUAUUUUGUUGUUUAUUGAGCUCCAAUCCCGGCCAUUCACUCGGUGCUGUGCAUUUGUGAAAGGCGCGUGUGUGUGAGCGUGUGACUAAUACCAAAAAAAAAAUAAUUAUAUUAAUCCCUUAAGAAAGUAAAAAUUCCAAGAAAAAAAAAAGAUGAGCACCAGCGAACGCAGCGAAACCGAUCACAUUUCAGCCCUCGAGCUGCAGUCAAAUCGUCGCAUGCUCUACUUCAGCGAUGGCGUCAUGGAGGAGCUGUCCUCCAGCGAUAGCGACGCCGAGCCGGACGUGCCCGAUAAGGGCUACGAUGACCAGCUGCAGCGUGAGUUGACGCUGGUGCCACGCCUACGUUACAAGGCCAGCAAGAUGGGCAAUCAUAUAUUGGCGGGCAUUGACUAUGUGGGCGGUGGCCUUGCCUCCUUUCUGGGCAUCACGCACUCCAAAUAUGCCAGCGAACUCAAGUAUCACCAGCGGGCCAAAGAAGAGGCCGAGGCGCAAAACGACGAAGACCUUGACAACAAUUGGCAAACGAACAACAACAACAACAACAACAACGCCGAUGGGUCAACCACAAUUGUUGUCUGUGAGCCGCCAGCUGCUCGUGGAGGAGUCAACAAUCAAUUGGCAACCACAACAAAUCCAACAUCAUCAUCAUCAUCAAUGCCACAAUAAUUUAUGACAAAUCAUCGAUAAUGCAAAGAAUGCUCAUCAGGUGCAAAACGAAUUGCAACGCUUGUUUUUUUGGAGACUUUUACACAUGUAACAAAACGAAAGAAGAAAUAUACUAUAUACGACAUAUAUAAGAUAUAUACAUAUAUAUAUUUAAAAAUCAUACUUUUCGACACUUUAUUUUUCGCUAUCAGCAUAAGUUACAAAAUACAAAUUACAUGGUAAACAAUUUGUAAAGCAUUGUUUCAUUUCAUUUCAUUUCACUUAGUAGGAAAGUGGAGUCUGCUCGACUCGCAGAUACCCGCUACACUUCCUUUGUUUCUUUACAAUGCCAGAAAUCUCUAGAGGAAGGCAAUCUACUCGCACAUACAUUAUCUACAGGAAGGCAAUCUACAUACAAUCUUAUUUUCCAUGUGCAGCGGGCAUUAUUGAAGGCAAGUCAAUACAAAUAUAUAAAUAUAGUUAGUGAAUGUAUUAUUUUAAGUACAUGGAAGUUCCGAUAAGUUCUCUCUCUCUUAAGCUAAUGGCACAUUGAAUACAAUAUACAAUUACAAUUGUUUUAAGUACACUUUGCGGUUUGUUUUAUGUUUAGUAUGUCAAUCGAAAUCAGGGUUUGUUAUUAAUCUUUA